UACACCCGGCCAAUCGACCCGAGUCCGACCAUCGACGAGGCCAAUCUCUCCUCACCCCCAUUGCCACAUUCUCCAGGUGGUCGAAUUUUGCCCCACCUUUCCAGUUCCACUAUGCCUCUUGCCUCUUCAACAGAUGUCACCACAACUUCCUUAGCAAGCGCAAGCAUUGACGCUCCACCGAGUCUCAGUGAUUCAUCUGCCGGCCUUGCUACUACCGCCUUGUACACUGCAGCUACCACCGUAAUCACAGCGACCAGCUCGGGCACUAGCCACUUCGGUGUCGCCAUCCCUGAUGUGACGUCUGCCAUGUUUAUAUCGGCAGCUCCUCUGGCCGUGGGUGAAGAGGAGAAUUCGAUGAGAGACUUGUCACGCACCUACUCCGAAUCCUCUGCAGUUUGUUCCAAUGCUACCGUGAUAACUGCAGGUACUGGAUAUUCAGACGGCAUCGAUACAGUCUCAGAAUUACAUCCUCAACAGGCAACGGCGUUUGCAUCACACCCUCAACAGCAACAGCUGCAGGUCCAGCCCGCUGGGCCUGCGAGGAAGUCUAAAUCAAAGAUGACAGAUGAAGAGACUCAGGAACGCUUGAGGUUGAUCGUUAGCAUUGGUGAUCCAAAUCGGAAAUACCAGCGGGAAGAAAAGAUUGGCCAAGGGUGA